GUCACCCCGCCGCCGGGCCUUCGGCCUCGCCACGCCGCCGAGCGAGGCGACUUCCUCCUCGGCGGGGACAGGGAGGGCCGGGGAGGGGGAAAAAAAAAAAAAAGGAAAAAAACCCCCAAAGCCCUGUCCGCCGAGCUGGUUAUUUAUUUGCCUGCUUUCUCCACCCCCCCGCCCUCCCUCCGCCUGGCGCUGCUGUAAAUCCGCCUUCCCGGUAGAUGUCUCUUUGAAAAGCGCCCGAGCGGAGCGAGGAAAGUCGGAGGCUCCCCUUCCUCCGGCGGCUGGCGGCCUCCCGCAGAUCCGGAAAAAGAAGAAGAAGGGGGAAAAAGAAAGAGGAGAGAGGAAAAACCAGCGGCGAAACUUCCCCCCCCCCCCCCACCCGCCGGCGGGACCGUCAGCGGGUGACGCCGCGGAGGGAGAGUCCUGCUGCCGGAGCGGCCCGCGGCGCUCCCCCGCAAGCCGCCCGGACGCCAGCCGAAGCCGCCUACGUGGUCAGCUCCAAGCAAAGGCGGCUGCGGAAGAAAAACCAGCAAGGGCAGAGCCGCGGCGAGCGGCAGGUGGAAAAAUCCAGAGCAAGGCAAAGCGAGAAAGAAGCAGCCUUUGUUCUGUUUGUGUAACCUCCAGGCGGGAGAGAAACGGAUGCUAGGGAAAGAAUUCGGAGCCGCGGAGAUCCGCAGAGACUGAUAGAGAAUUGGAAAAACAAGUUGGCAGGGCUUUAAAAGGCCGAUUUGCAAAUGCUGUUUGUGGGACCGUCUUUGUUCCCCAGGUCUGGGCUGGGUUUUCAGCAAAAUAACUCUCAUGGAGAGAUCUAGGAUGCAACUAUUCCUGGACAGACCCGGAGCAUUUCUGACUCUCUGAUCUGGACACUGAGCCCCUACCCACUCCCAGGAAGGGCUCCGACUCUUUUUUCCCUGCCUCCCGGAGAGGAGCAGGAGGGAACAGCGCCGCGGGGCCAGCGUGCCGCGGGGAGCGUGACGGGAUCGUGGCUGGAGGCCUCGCACCGCUGGAUGCUCUGAGCGGGUGUGAUGGAGCCCCAGCAGCCUGCCCCGAUGAAGGGGGAAGGCGUCAGCGGCGAAGGGACCGACCCCGAAAUCUGCCAGGCUCCCCUGGGUUUAGAGGAGGUCGUCAAGGGGGAAGAAAUACUAGUUGCCGGCCAGGAGAGCCAAGAAGCCGAUGGGCAAGACCGGACUGCGUGCCGCGGGGAGGAAGACGUGCCUCCCAGCCCGAGGCAGGAGGAGCUGCGCUGCGCCCUGGACCUUCUCUCCAUGGGUGACGCCGAGCAUCCAGAGAGCGAGGAGGUGGGAGAAGAGAGCAAAGACACCCAAGAGAGCCAUGAGGCCGCGGCCGAAGGCGACCGACCCGCCGGAGGGGCCUCGCUGCCCGACGCCUCCGUGCCCAGCCUGGGCGCCGGGGCCGUGGAGCCGGCGGCCGAGCCCACCAAAGCCCAGUCCCCAAGCCGGGAGCGGGAGCCCGAGCCGGAUUUCUACUGCGUGAAGUGGAUUACCUGGAAAGGCGAGCGGACGCCCGUCAUCACGCAGAGUGAGAACGGACCCUGCCCGCUCCUGGCCAUCAUGAACAUCCUCUUCUUGCAGUGGAAGGUGAAACUGCCCCCGCAGAAGGAGGUCAUCACAUCGGACGAGCUGAUGGCGCAUUUGGGGGACUGCAUCCUAUCCAUCAAACCCCAAGAGAAAUCGGAAGGGCUGCAGCUAAACUUCCAGCAGAACGUCAAUGACACCAUGAUGGUCCUCCCCAAGCUCUCGACGGGGCUGGACGUCAACGUGCGCUUCACGGGCGUCUCGGACUUCGAGUACACGCCUGAGUGCAUCGUCUUCGACCUCCUCAACGUCCCGCUCUACCACGGCUGGCUGGUGGACCCACAGAGCCCCGAGGUGGUGCAGGCCGUGGGCAAGCUCAGCUACAACCAGCUGGUGGAGAAGAUCAUCACCUGCAAACACUCCAGCGACUCCAACCUGGUGACCGAAGGCCUGAUCGCGGAGCAGUUCCUGGAGUCCACGGCCUCGCAGCUGACGUACCACGGGCUGUGCGAGCUGACGGCCGCCGUGAAGGAAGGGGAGCUGAGCGUCUUCUUCCGCAACAACCACUUCAGCACCAUGAUAAAGCACAAGGGCCACCUCUACCUGCUGGUGACGGACCAGGGCUUCCUGCAGGAGGAGGGGGUGGUGUGGGAGAGCCUCCACAACGUGGACGGCGAUAGCUGCUUCUGCGACACCGACUUUCAUCUCAGCCACGCGCUGGGCAAGGAGGCGGCCGGCGCGUCCUCCCCGGAGCACCAGCUGCAGCAGAGACAAGUGGACCAGGACUACAUGAUCGCCCUGUCGCUGCAGCAGCAGCAGGGACAGGGCCCCUCGGCGCUCAGCGACCUCGAGCUCGCACGGCAGCUGCAGCAGGAGGAGUAUCAGCAGCAGCGGCCGGCCCCGGCUCCCGCGCAGGGCCGCGCGCAGCCGGGCGCCCGGGCGGCCGGAGAGCGGAGGCAGAGGCCGAAGCAGGACUCGGACUGCGUGCUGCUGUAGAGCACCCGGCCCCGUAAGGCCUCCCGGAGCUGCGGCACCCAUGGGUGCCCUGCCCCGCGUCCCCCUCCCCGGGGCAGCCCCGUCGCGGGGAGCUGCGGCCAGGCCGGGGGCGCUCGCGGGGUCCCCCAGCGCCAGAGCCCUCCCUGCGCUCCUGCCCCUCCGGGGAGCCCCCAGCCCCAUGGGGGGGCCUGGGGACGGGGCAGAGCGGGGCUGGGGGGGGACAAGGCGGUGGGGUGUCAACCCCCACCCACCUCCCGGCUCCCCAAAUCUUUCCAGUGGCCUUAAAACGGGGGUUAACCCCCCCCCCCAGGGUGAGGGGUGUCCCCUGAGCCCCCCGGUCCCUCCGGAGCGACGGGGACCCACCUGCUCCGAGACACAGGACACACACCCCCCCCGGGGACACCCUGGGGACACCCCCCCCCGGGGGGAACACACGCACUGGGGGGGGGACACCCCCCCCCCCGGUGUCCGUCACGCUGCCUUAGCCCUUUGCAAAUAAAGAGGACUUUUCCCGUU